GGAUAAGGCCAUUGCCUGUGUUGGUGGUUUAACCUUUGAUUUGAGCGUGUGUUGGAAAACUGCCUGAAUGUUGCGGCCCUCUGGUUAUUUCCAUAACCUGGAAUGCCCGUUCACUCUUGGGCAUGAAGCCAUUGGAUGUUCUCGUCCUCACUGCCAGUUCCGCCAUGCAUGUCCUGUGCAGGACGGAGACGGAACCCAGAGCGACAGUGAGGAGAGCGUCACUACACCUGAGGGGCUCGCCGGGACUCCCAGGGAAGCCCUAGGUAAGAAUAUAGAGGAGCUCGAAAGAAUUAAUAAAGCAAUAGAAGCUGUAAAGAAUGAAGUAGAAGAAAAGCAGAAGAAGUUACUCCUGUACAAAAAUGGGAUACACAGCACAUCAAAAGUCACCCCACUGACUGAUAGCAACAGCAAUAUAGCAAGAGGCCUAGAUAUGCAAGACGGAGAUUUAAAAAGUAAUGUUCAUGCUAACAUUUCAAAGAAUGGCCCUAGCUUUGAGCGUACCAAAAAAUAUGUAAUUGACAGACGCUGUCCUGCUACCGAUUUGGAAUAUGACCCUCUGCUUAAUUACUCUGCUGGUUUUUUUGGAGGAAUACUAAAAGAGACUGGAACUUGUAAAUCAAAACGUCCCCAACAUGAUGAUGACUUAGAAGUUGCCCCUUGCAAAAAACUGAGAGCUGCAUCUCCAAUAAGACUGGAAAUUAAACUUCAAGAAUCCGAUGAUGACGAUAUACUUGUAAUAGAUGAGCCUCCCUUAGAGGCUGACAUGGAAAAGCAGAACCCGAGUAAAUGUAAUGCUACUGAAGAUAAAUAUUUGCCAUUUUGUGACAAAAUUGUAGAAAACACUGCUCAAAUAACUUCUGCAACGGAGAAAGGUGGUCUUAUUUCUCUACAAGAAACCACAAAACACACCACUAAAAGGGAAACUGAAACAAAAUGUAUAAACAUGGCUGAAACCUUUGUAAGCCAGAGUGGAAAUAUUAAUGCUGAUGAUAAAAAGCUUCCCUCUGAAAGUCCAAAAGCAGCAUAUUCACAUUUACCCAUUCAAACAGAAAAGAAUGAACCAAAGCAUGUCACCUCUUUAGAAUGCAUUGAAGAUAAUCACAAGCCACCACAAUUAGAAAGCAUAAUGUUGGUAUCUAAUCAGAAUGAGUUGUGCUGUAAGUUGGAUGAAUAUCCCUUAAUGGAAAAUAAAAAUGUUUUUGGGAAUAGUGGUUCUGACGGAAUUAAUGGCAUUCAAGCAAGCCUUCCUGCUACUGAACAGCUUUUUGCAGUAACUGAAUUAAGUGCCAAACCCGAACAACAAUGUCAGCUGGGGAGUCCAACACUGACUGCAAAUGAUGUGAUUGUUUUAGAUUCCUCCUCUGAUGCAGUGGAUGGUUCUGAAGCUGAAACAGAUCUUUCAGAUUCUGAUGAUCCAAUGGAAGAAUGCCUCAGGAUUUUUAACGAAUUUGCUGAAAAAGAAGCAACAAGAAAUUCCAAACAGGUUGAUCAGAGUCAAUUGGAAGAGUUUAUGAAUGGAGCUAGGCCAGACGAUAUGGUUCCUAGUCAAAAGAAAAGAAUUGCUCAUCCAGCUACUAAAAUCGAUACAAAAUCAAGCAACUGCAUAUUGGUUCCUUAUCGUGGACCUACACAACAGCAGAUACCUCAUGCAAGAAUACUAAAUGUCCAGCAACAAGCUGUUCAGAUAACUGCAGCAGUUAAAAGUGGCCAGGCCUUUGUAGCUUCAACACAAAAGAAAAUCACUGGCUGCAUAACUCCAGCUUUUAACAACUUUGGACAAAUGGUUUGUGUCAAUUUGGUUGAAGUCCAGCCACUUUUGUCAAACAGAAGUCCAUUUACUGGUUUCAUUCAAGGAAGCAAACUUGCCACUUCGACCAUUAUGAGUGUUCCUCAAAAAAGAACAGUGCAGACUAUCCCUGUAAAGAGCUGUACACGCAAGAAGCCUUUUGCUGCAUCAGAAUCUAGUUCUAAAGUGCCCCACGAAACAAGACAACGCUAUGUUAACUCUUUUGUUGAGGAAUUCUUAAAAGUGUCUGGAACUGUUCAAGAGGCAUUUGACAAGGCCUUGGCAGAGGAAAAAGCUAUAUAUGACCGUUGUGGAAGUCGAAACAUGUAUCUUAGCAUAGCUGUGAACAGCCUUAAGAAGCUAAGAGACCAGAGAAAUGUUCCAAGUGGUUCAAAGCAACCAAAAACAAAAGUUUCUGCAUCUGGAUUAAGGAAACAAGAUGAUAAAAAAGUUUCAGGAAUUGACCUUUACAAUCUCUUCAAAGAAUAUGUACUGUCUGAUGAACAAUUAAAAGACAAUGGAUUCCCCCAGCCAAAUCCAGAGAAACCUGGUAGUGCCUUAUUGCAAAAUGGAAUAACAAAGUCUAUAGGUACUGAUGUGCUGCGAAGAGUGUGCUGUCGCUGUGGAGAAACCUAUUCCAUAACAAUGCAAGGAAAGCACACACGUAAGGAAGAGUGCAAUUACCACUCUGGAAAGGUAUUACGGCACAGAGUUCCAGGUGGUAUAGAAACACGCUACAGCUGCUGUGAGGCAGUGGUGGGAUCUCCAGGAUGCCAGAUAGCAAAGCUUCAUGUUCAUGAUGGGCAAAAGGAAAAUCUUGAUGGUUUUAUAAAAACUUUUAUAAAACUGCCACCUUCAGAUGGAAAUUCUGGAAUUUUCUCGGUGGACUGUGAAAUGUGCUAUACAACAUGUGGUUUGGAGCUAACAAGAGUCUCUGUGGUUGAUCCCAGUUUGCAAGUGGUAUAUGAAACAUUUGUGAAACCAGAUAAUGAAAUUAUUGACUACAACACCAGAUUUUCUGGUGUUACCGAAGAUAAUUUGAAGAAUGUUUCCACAUCAAUUCUGGAUGUGCAGGCAGUUAUGCUCAACAUGUUCAGUGCCGAUACCAUUUUAAUUGGGCAUAGCUUAGAAAAUGACCUCCUAGCUCUAAAGCUCAUUCAUGACACUGUUGUUGAUACCUCCAUAGUAUUUCCUCAUCGGUUAGGUCUACCCCAUAAAAGAUCACUCCGAAAUUUAAUAGCCGACUACCUUAGACGCAUUAUUCAGGAUAAUGUUGGUGGGCAUGAUUCUGCUGAAGAUGCUACAGCCUGCAUGGAAUUGAUGAUGUGGAAAGUAAAAGAAGAUACCAAAGGGAAAAGAUGAACUAAAAUGUUUGCUGUUGCACUUAUUCACACUUGUAUGUAAUUAUUGGUCUGUAAAAUUGAGGCUGCAGUAACUAUAUAUAUUUUUUUGUUUGUGUAUCUGUGAUUGUCCAUUUAUUUUUUUUUAUCCUAUUCCUGUUUUGUGUGCACAGUAGACUAUAUUUAGCUUUUUCUUUUGUUUAAGCAAGUGAAACUGUGCAGUUCAAUGCUAUGUCCUCCUUCUGUUUAUUGUAAGCUUUAACACUUGUUUUUCAAUGUGUAUGAUGUGUAUACAAUGGGGAGAUACCUUCCCCCUUCUAUUUCUUUCAUGUAGCUAAGGUAUAUUUGGGUUGGUAGGCAUGUUUCAAUGUAAUAGUCUGCAGGGAUGUUUAUGGCACUUAUUAUCUGCUCCAAUUGUCUUUCAGUGUAAUGUGAAUCUAGAGACACCAUAAGCUUUGUGUAUCCUUCUGUGAUUAUCAAAGUAACAACCUGCUUUUUUUCCAGCUCAACUUCUUCUGAACAAAAUCUUGUCCUAUUCUGUUUGCUAAAUUUCCUUCACUGUACCCUGAAGCUUUAGUACAAAUGUGCAGCCUUAGUAAUAUGGUGAAAAUGCUAUAUAAAACCGCAUCUGUUUAAUGCCUCACAGUGAACUAAUAAGGUAUAAAAAGCUCUUCUUUUUCAUAGUCUUUAUACUACAAAAAUUUCUGAAAUAUAGGAUGAAAUGACAGAACAAGUUGACUAUUAUAAUUUAUUAAAGCUCCUACUAAUUAGCAGGAAGUGUGUGUUAAAAGAAAAAGAUGGAAGAAAUAAGUGGUAACUGGUGGUGACAAGCUUUAUAGUUAUUCAAAAUACUACAGGAAAUAGCUCCCAAAAUCUCAUUUCAGUUAUAUGUGGUGCAGUCCAGCACACAUGUAUUUGUAAUUAUCAAAACAGUACAAGCUGCUUAUAGAAUGGACAUUUGAAUGACAAAGCAGGUGUUUGUAUUGUCAUCUGAUUCAAAGAUAGCAUAAGCUAGAAGGCAACUGAAAUGCAUUUACUAGUGUGGUUUUCAACAUUUUUAUUAAAAUUGUCUGCACUCUUAUCUAACAGGUGUAGUGGUGCUCUUAGUCCUUGGAUGCUUGGUUUGGCAUUACCAUGUGGCAUUAUAUUGAGUAAUAAGAAAGUCAGUGCCUCAAUAAAAUUUGUUAAAUGCACUAGCGUUCCAUUGUUACUUAAUAAUCAAAGCACAUGUUUUAUCCUAAGGCCUCUGCAAACAUCAAACCACAUUUACAGAAACACCUGUGCUGAAACAAGGUUGCUGGUGCUAAAUGGCACUGACCUUUAUUUCAUAUAGUGCCAGCAUAUUCCAUAGAUUGAUAAAGGCUUUAUCAGUAGGAAUUGCUUCGAAAAGGCUUUCCUCUAAAUCCCUGUCACAUUUGUACACACUAUGGUCCAUUUUUUUCAGGAACCAGUAUCCUUUUUGAGAAUGGGAAGAAACUGCAGUCCAUGCAAGCACAGGGAAAUGAAAAUAUGGACUUUUCCCUAAUUUCCCUCACCCAAGUAGGCAGGAAGCCAAACCAUAACUUUAUGUGGGGGACCUAUGUAGACCCAAUAUGGUCCUUGCCUUGGUAGAUAUUACCCCCCCCCCCCCUCCUAAUUUAAGGACUCUUGAUCAAGAAGCUUAGACAGCAGUUGAUAUUCUCUGUAAGGUCAGGUUUAUAUGAAUUCUUCAGUUACAUUAUGUAGAGAUUUGCUGUCCUUUAGGAAUAUGUGUAUUUAGCAAAACCGCUAAAUACAGUGACUAUACCUGUAUAAUUGAGCAGGUAUGGAAUUUAUUAUCCAGGACUUAUAGUACUUGGGACUUAAGGUUUUACUGAAAAUUAUUUAUUUAUUUUUUUCAUUUGAAAAGGUUUUAUUUAUUUAUAUAUUUAUUUUACAAAAGUAAACUGGCAUAUUUAGAAUGCAUUCUGUGCUAUCUGGACAGCAUUUUAGCAAUAGUUCAAAAGAUGACUUCUAUAUUUGACCAAGACAGGUGGGUAAGCGUUCAGUCCUUGUGCUUUAGGUUGUUUCCUGUCAGCUUACCUCCUGCGGGUUGUCGGCGUUUGGUUGUUGCAAUGUAACUACAAAUUUUCAUUUAUGCCUUAACCAUAAGAGAAGUACAUAAUAAAGAAAUAGAAAAGGAAAAA